AUGCAACUCUCCUAUCUCUAUGCCGCUCUUUUCUUGGCGGUUGGAGCAACCGCUCAAACAUGCACCGGGACUCUCACGUACUGCACUGGUUCAAUAUGCAACUGUUUCUUCGACGGAGCUGCGGAAGAAUUGAACAAGAUUUGCCAAGGAAUGGGAUUUGAAAGAUCACUGGGACCUUCUCGAACCACGACUGGAGGUGAUUCCCGCUGCGAUCACCAGUGCUGCAACGGUUAA